AUGGUGAUUAAGAGAAUAGAGCUUUGUAUAGAGUUUGUGAAGAUAACAAUGGAUUUUGUGGUUGUAGUGGCUGAAGCCGCGAGAGUCUUCUUGAGCCACGCUCCUCAGGUUCCGGGCCCCCGCCUCCGGCAUGGCUCCUACUAUAACUCCGCAUCUUCCUCUCAGCCUUCUGUUUAUAUGAUUCCCUAUUUUCCCUGA